GCAUUUUUAAACAGUAAAAGCAUCUUUCGAACGCUCUUCUAAGAUAUAAUAGAAGGUCUCAAAAACAUAGGAAUAUAAGCUAUCGCUUGUAAAAGCAUGAAACGAGAAUAAGUAAAGCCAAAAUAAGCACCUGACCCUUACCAACGUAUGAGGUUAUAAACACGGGAAUUGCGUAUUUUUCUCUAAAACACAAAUGGCUUCAAAAGUACCCACAGUAGGAAUUUGUUCUUCAAAAGAAGCAAUUUAUUUGUCCCUACAAGAGGGUUAUGAUUUUGUUGGGGUUAGACUGAGUACUGAUGCUUUAAAGCAACGCGUGGAGAGUUUAGAGCCCUUUGAAAAUGUGCAGGAGUUCCUUGACAGUGAAAUAGAUUAUCAUCCUGAAGAACACGUAAACAAAGUAGUCGGACUCACGUCAGAAUGGAUUGAAUUGGAUUCAAACAAUGCUUUGAUAGCUCAGCGGUCUGAAGAAAUCUUAAUGAAAGAAGUCUCUUUUGCCUCUUAUUGUGGUCUUGCCAGCGUUGUUUGUAACGGCCCAAAAAUCGCCGAUAACAUAAUGCAAUAUGCUAGAUCAUGCUCAAUGAUUUUGGAUUCUAGUUUUAAUAUUAAUCUACUUCUUCAAUUCCCCAUUGAAAGUGGGAAUGAAGACCUUUUUGAAAAUUGGAAGAUGUGGAAUCUUGUUCGUACUGCUUGUAAAUACAAUCCGCGAUUACAACUUGCUCUUGAAUUACCUCCGUCUUGCUCUCCACCGAUAGAAUUAGUAAAUCGAUGGUAUGCUGAGCCCAUUGAUAUGAUUACCCUUUCCUGUAUGGCUUUUGUUCCAAACCCAACGGGUUACCCAGUAUUGAGCCGUAAGCUUCGAGCUAUUUUUUCUUUAUACAUCAGAAAAAAUCCAAAGGUUUUUCUACGAGACAGCGAUUUUCCUGACAAAAUUGGUGAAUCACCGGACUAUAGUAUAUAUAUGAAACACCUUUUUGAUACACAGCCUCCGGCUCCCUUGGUUGAAGAAUUCGCUGGCGGAUACAAAGACUAUUUACAGAUCCCACUGCAACCACUCAGUCAUAACUUGGAAAAUAUUACUUAUGAAAUUUUUGAGAGAGAUCCCGUAAAGUAUGCUCAGUACGAACAAGCAAUUUUUUCGGCCUUAAACGACAGAGAUGAAGCUUCGGUGACCCGCAUUGCUGUGGUAGGUGCGGGAAGAGGACCUUUAGUAGAUUGUGCUCUUCGGGCAGCUAUUUCCUCUGCACGCACGGUGGAUAUGAUAGCAUUAGAAAAGAACCCUAAUGCUUUCGCCAUGCUUUUAUUAAGAAACAGACAGGACUGGGCUGGAAAGGUAUCUCUUGUUUUCGGGGACAUGCGAGAAUGGAAUCCUGAUUAUAAAAUUGAUAUCUUAGUGAGUGAAUUACUGGGAAGCAUGGCAGACAACGAGUUAAGUCCAGAAUGUUUGGACGGCGUUCAGCGUGUACUGAAUCCACAUAACGGGAUAAGUAUUCCUUCCUCGUAUACUUCGUACAUCACCCCGAUUAUGUCCCCGAAACUCUGGUCGGAAGUUCGUAAUAUGAACGAUGCUUCAGCAUUCGCAAGGCAGUAUGUCGUAUUAAUGAACUCCGUUGAUUUUUUAGCACCGAACGACGAGUUCCGUUUUCAACCACUUUGGUCAUUUCACCACCCGAACAAUGAGACUAAGUUGUUUACAAAAAAUCAGCAUAAUCGAAGAAGCGCAGCUGCAAGCUUUCAAGCAACAAAUCCAGGUAUAUUACACGGCUUUGCUGGUUAUUUUGAAGCUAUCUUGUACAAAAAUAUUUCACUCUCCACGUUGCCUACAACAAUGGAAGAAAAGUCUCCUGACAUGUUUUCAUGGUUCCCAAUGUAUAUUCCAAUUGAGAAACCCAUGUACAUUCCCGAAAACAGCCAACUCCAGGUACACUUAUGGAGAAUGACUGAUGGUGUACGAGUUUGGUUCGAAUGGUCCGCGAAUACAUAUUUAAUUUUGAGAAAUGGGAGUCAGAUUCAUCUUUCUUCUACAGAAAUUCAUAACGCUUCCGGAAGGGGAUUUUCGUGCCUUAUGAAUUAAAUAACGUAUUCAUAAAACCUUCAUUUUCUUUUAUCGUUUGCUUUUUGUUUUGUUUUGUUUUUUUUAAUCCUUUUGUUUUUGUAUAAUUACGGCGAUGUGUAUGUACGCAGCAUAACGUCUACAAGUUUGCGCACACUUCCAAUAUAUCAAUGAUAAAUAAUAUUUUAUACCUAUAUCAAUAGCUUUGGUAAAUGUACUU